AUGGAUUCUUUGUUUUUCUUCAACCCACCGGACGUUUUGAUCUAUUUGAGUUUUCCUAAUGACGAUAUAGCCACAUAUCAUGAGGAAAUGGAAUUGAAAUUAAUUGAACGUAGAUGUUUCAGGGAAAAUCGAUUUUCUAUUGGAGACACCGACCUCAAUUACGGCAAAGAUAUCAUGUGGAACAAUUUAUUUUCACACAAAUCCCGGAUGGACAUACAUAUUUACCAAAAAUUCUUACUUGAAGUCAUCGAGGAUGCCAUUAAACGUUUUGACCAACAGUUCGUGAUAACUAUGGAUGGAAGGCUACCCGUUGAAGUUAUAUUCGAAACGGUCAAGGCGAAAUUGCUGACUCUGCCCCUUCAACGGACUCCAAUUCCGAAAUUUAUUUUUAAGGAAGACGCUUCGAUUUCGGGAAGUAGUGCAAUGGAUCGAUUUGAAUACGAAGCCGACGCAGAAUCACUUUCGUAUGGGAUGAGGACCAGAGCAGAAGACAGUUUAGAAAUGCUUUACGAGUACGACGAAGGAAUAGAUAAUGUAAACAUCAAAGAGGAUGAAAAUGAAGAAAGUUUGCGUAAAAUGUCCGAAUACGGUGUUCUGUGUCCGGUCAACUAUAGCAACGGUUUUCUGGUAAAGGGAAAUAAACGUUACACCAUUGAGUACAUGGGAAAACUGUAUUAUUUUGCGGGCAUCGACGAAGUUAAAUUAUUUCAAAAAUUUCCACGGCAGUUCCUUGAAAUCCCAAGACCGUGUAUGUCCAUAAAAGCCAUAUUUUAUGGCCCGGAAGCAUUAGCGGGCCCCGCGGCCAGGGGGGCUUGCAAGUUUUUCAAAUAUAAACUCAUCGACGUGAAGCAAAUUACAGAAACGUCGGAAGAAACGUUACAGAAGCAGUACAUUUUCUACAUCGUCAAUUCUAUGAUAAAAUCCAUUAGCGAAGAGCUAAGAAUAAAAUCCAACCGAAUAAAAGGUGUCGAGAUAAUGCAAAUGGCUAUCGGCAAAUGGAUAAAAUUGAAUUUCGAUACGACCGACAAUGAAGAUUUGCAUGAGGCGGCUGAUGAGGCCGAAUUGUUAAUUGAACAACGAACUGAAGGGGAAGAAUGUCUUUCAGAAGACGACUCAUAUUCUAAGUGCAACUAUGAUAACGACUUGUUUCAACUUCGAACCAUGUUUGAAUCGUACGGAAUGGAUUUUAUCGAUGAUUUAGAUGCAUGCAUUCAAGCACACAACGAACCAGAAAGGUUGCAAAAAUAUUUCCCACUUAUGCCUCCGGAUAGGCGCCGAGAGUUCAGGGAAAACUAUUUAAAAGAAAAUAAAGUUACUCGAUUCGACAUAAUUACUUAUCUGGCCAACGAUUUGCGUGCGAGAAGAGAACAAUACCGUAAUUGGAUUAUGAUUAAUGCCCCAAUGGAAUCGUCGUUUAUUGACAAGUUAAAAACGGCUGAAUUUUAUCCCAGCCAGAUAAUGUUUUUCAACGAUAUUGACCCGUUGCAUAAAUUUUUGAUGAUCGACGAAUCGACGAGUAGGAAAAUGGAGAUCACUCAUUGGACAAUUUUCGAAGGUGUUAAGAAUGGUCCGGUUUACGACGCCACUUUGCCCGACCGAAAACCGUACUCGCAAUUCGUCACCAGUAUCGAAGACAACGCCAGUUAUAUCGAAGAAGAAGAAAAUGAAAACUAUUAUUACGAAGAAUAUGAACUCAAAAAUUCGCGUUAUGAAAACAUACACGAAAACGAGAUAUCUAAUGAAUACAACAACCUAAGCCACGACGCUAUUAUGGCAGCAAUCAUGCCCGAAAUAAUAGAACGGUUAAAUCAAUAUACAGCGGACUACCUCAAAAAGUGGUAUUGUUUCACGUCUGAAGUUUCGGACGAAGGCAGACGGUACAAGGAUUUUAGCGUUGUCCAUGUCAAAUCUGCCGACAAGGAAUUAGACGUGUUUAAACAUUUGAUCGAAGACACUUUGUACAACGUUAAGAGAUUUUUGUCGAACCGCGCCAUUCCGGCCCCUGUAUUGGAUAAGGCAAAAUCGAGGCCUGAAAUCAUGCAAUACAACGGAGAUACUUCCAUUUACUGCCCGGUCCAACUCGUUAAAGGUAAAUUCGUUGUAGGAUUGAAAAAAUACAGAGCAAUUUACCAAAACAGAUACUAUUAUAUGAGCUCUGAUGAAGCAUUACAUCAGUUUAUAUUGAACCCUCGCAAGUAUGCAUCGUUUUCUAGUCAUCUAGACAAGUUUCCUAAACCAAAAAUAUCCUUACUCUUGCCGUUUGGCCUGAAAACGACAAACGUGGUUGACGAAAUAACAAAGCACUUUGACAUGAGCGUGGUGGAGUUUUAUUCGGUAUUCAAACGAAAAAUUGUACCUAAAGGCAUGCCGAUGCUCGGUGAGAUGUUUGAAGAACCCACGUUGCGAAAAAUCAUGGACAAAUAUUUGAUCAAAGGCAACCCGACUCUGACAGACAACGUAAAUAAAAUCAGAAAGUAUAUGGAUUUGAAGAGCGCGUACUUGAGCGACACCGAUUGGCAGAAAAUAAACUCGGUGUUCUAUCAAAUCGACGAAAGCAUUUGCUACAUAAACUAUCCUCGCAACACGAUGGAACUCAUGUACUUGAAAGACAAUGAAGUAACGCCUGACGUCAUAGUCAACGUGACACGAGACUUAGAUGCGCAUCACAUAGAAACCAAAGAUAAGGUCGCGGAAAAUUGGUUAUCCUACCAAGCUGCGGUAUUUGAAAAAAUCAUCGAAAAGGACGCCGCCGCCAGAUGGAAAUAUUCGCAAGCCAAAUCCAAACUUUUUAAAACCCAGCUAAACGAAUACAUGAACAACGACGACAACGACACCGUGAAAUCGCGCAUCGAACACGUCAUCAUAGCAAUUGCGGGAGAAGUGAUAAAAGGGCAUGGCGCCACGGAAUUCGUGUGCGAUCAACUGGCCAAGAAAAAUGAGAAAGCCCCGAUCACAUCGUCAGAGUCUAACUUUACGGCUAGAAUUCAGGAGAUGACGUUAAGGCAGAAAAAAAUUAUCAUCAAUUACAGUUUGACGGUGGAAGACUUGAUCCGAAUAGAAGAUUUCACGAUUUUGGAUCACAUCGAUAAAAUAAUCUGCGCCAAAGUGCCGAAGCAGAAUUUCAUAUUGACCACAUCGUUCGUCGACGAAUUUAACCCACCCACGGAUAAGAUGGUCCAACGGUAUCUUGAAACCGAGUCCAACGAGUUUUCAGACAUGCAUCGUUUCGCCAAAGAAACGUAUAUUCCUUGGAUUACGGCGAAGGCGGACGAUCCAAUCGAUGAAAUUAUAAAUAAGCUGGACAGCGUUUUAGUGAGUAACUCAAACGUUUUCGAAAACGUGUUCGACGUGGAUUUCGAGUUAGCUGAGCGAAUGCUGUGCAACGGCGAAGUGUAUUUGAGCCGGUUCGGUCGCUGGUGUCCGGUCCGUUUGUACGAAAAAAAUGAUAACGUACAGUGGUUCUAUACGGAUUAUUUGGACGGGCACUUACGACCGGUAGUCCAUCGCAAGUACGUCUAUUAUCUGAGCGGACCUGACAACCGCGAGAAGUUCGGUCAGUGUCCUCUCAAGUAUCUGUUGCAGACUUGUUCGGUUCCGCCUUGCGUAGCACUGAGAAUGGCGAUAGUCGGACCUCCGAAAAGUGGUAAGACGUACUAUGCCCGUCGUCUGUGCGCCAAGUUUGGAUUCCAAUUGAUCCGUAUCGAAGAGGCCGUCAAGACUUACUUGAAAUCAUACCACUGGGUUGAGGACGUCAAACGGACGCAGCGCAUGCUAUUGCGGGGUGACACGUUAGAAGACUCGGCGCUAAUAGAAGUCGUGAAAUUUGCCAUGCAGACAACUCGGGCCAACAUUCGAGGGUUCGUGAUCGACGGAUUUCCGAUUACCGAAAAGCAGUUCGAACUGCUCAACAAAUCCGGCAUUAUUCUACAUAAGAUAUUCGUCCUAAACCGUUCGUACCGGCGGUGUCUAGCCAAUCACAAGCCUGGAAUUAGGGUGACAGAAGCGUCGUUAAGGGGAAAGUACGACGCAUGGAAAGCCGCUUUCGUCGGCUAUUCUUGGAUAGCCGACACAUAUGGCAACGAAACCCGAGUGGAUGGUGGAUUAGAACAAAUCGAAACCGAGACAAUGCGAUGCUUGGAAGCUCUGCAAGAAUAUCACAGACGAACGUACGACAACACUGUUUGCAGUCUGUCCAACUUGCCGAUCACGAAACGCGAACGGUCUCAAAAGAUGAGCUUGUACCUGGACAGCUGUUCGGUGUGCAAGGUGAUAGACAACCUUUUGUCCAGGCCAGCUGACUCCAAAGCAUUGAGGACCAAUUUGAUCCAGUAUCAAAUGUAUUACUAUUGGGCAUGCGACAAACACUACCGGAAAUUCAUGAAGGAUCCAGAAAGAUUUGUCAAACUGACGCCACGCGAACCUGAUAUUUUCCCUGUGAAGGUAACGCCGUCCGACUUGGCCAACAACAUGGCCAUCAGAUGCGAACGGUUUUCCGAGUUCUGCGUGGUGUGCGCGCUGUCUUGCCUGUGGAAUCCAGUGUACAAACGCGGUCUACCGCAAUAUGUGGUCACCUAUUCUUACUUGUCUUUCGCGUUUUGUUCGCCCGAAUGUCAACAGGCGUUUAUGGAGCGACCGUUUUUGUACAGCAAGUACAAGAUACACGUGUGCGGCCCCGAUCCAUUGUCACCGGUGCACGCCGGGCUGGCCGUUGCCGAUCUGCCAACAAUGGGAUUCCUCGAACAAACCGUAGCUGGCCGCAGUAGUUCGGCGCUAAUAGAAUUGACGGCCAUGAAGCCAGUCUACCCCGGACUUUCCGAAUCUGUGUCGGCCAUGGUUUUUUUGGGCCUGUACAUGGGCAUUUGUUCUCAAGACGAAGAUGUCGCGGAAUACUUUAAAAAAGCGUUAAGGCUUUACACCGACACUUGUCAUCGUUUCAAAAAUCUCGUGUUCAAACUGAAACUGCUGACGUGA